AUGCAUGUGAAGCAGGAUUACGACGAGAACUCGGCGGUGGCGCAUGUGAGGAGGCUGCUGGACAUUGUUGCCUGCACCACUUGCUUCGGCCCUUCUUCCUCCGCGACCAACGCCGCCAGAUCCAAGGCCGACCCCAAGAAGGAGCCAUCACCACCACCUAAAGAUGGCGCAGCAGCCAACGGUACAGGUGGGGGUGGUGGAGGCACAGCAGAGAAGCGCACCAUUACCACCACCGCCACCACCACGACGAAGGACGGCGGAGGCAGCGGCUUCACCACCACCAACGUCAAUAGCAGCUCGACAGACUCUUCGUCGGCCGGCGCGAAGGACGUGACGGAGGGGGAGGGAGAGAUGAGCGGCGCCCUCCCCCGACUCGCUCAAUUUUAUGAAUUCUUCUCCCUCUCCCACCUCACGCCUCCUCUGCAAUUCAUACGGAGGUCUACCAGGCAAAGUGAUGAUGAAACUCGCUCCGAUGGGGAUCUCUUCUCUCUUGAAGUAAAAAAUCAUCUCUUACUGCGUUCAAAGGAUUGCUGA